AUCCUGCCUGUGCGGCGUUGGGCUGUGAGCCGGAUGGCACCUGUGAGGUGGAUCAGAACGGAGGGCGCUACUGCAAGUGGGCCUCACCCUGUGGCACCUGCCCCACUGGAGCCACGUGCAAGACUGUGCUUGAGACGGAGGACAGUGAUUUCACGCUGUGGCACCCAGAUUUGGCGCAGGUGCCUUACUGCGAGUGCCCUCAAGGCUUUGGGAUGACCCCCACUGAAUGUGUUGAGG